UCCGUCAGUCUGGGUGUUUACUUUCAAUCGCAGAUUCAAUUUUUUAUGACCGCCGCGAAAAAUUUGCAUAAAACAGCAUAAAACCUUAAAAUAAGUUAGUAUUUGGUAGUUUCUGUUGAAAUUGAUUAUUGCUUCCCGUCUUACAGCACGGGUAUUUUAUGGUUCGAACCGAAAAAGAUAUGUGGUAAAUCUUAAGGAAUAAAAGCGCGGUCCCAGAAAAUACGAAAUGGAUCUCUCGGAGGCGAUGAAGAUUGCGCUGGCGAAAAGUCAUGCCGCCGCAGGCAAUAGCAAUGGCAACGCCUCUUCAGUCCACGGUAGUUCCGGUGGCGCCGAUCAGACUGGAGCGGGUUACGUGACGGAAAAGUUGUACAUGUUGCUACAGUUGUAUCUCCAGAACAAGGGAUGGAGCCCUUCGGUGGAGCUGCUGCAGUGCUUCGCCGAGCUGAAGGAUACGCCUGUGCUUCCGAAUGCGGCCUACCUUCAGAUGUUGGCCAGCCGGGUGGCCCUGGAUGCUCAAGGGCGGUUGGUGUUGAGAGAAUCGGGAAAGAUCAUACUGCCGUUCGAGCACUUUGCGAACGCUGUCAUGCUGAAGCAUAUGUCCGGACCGCAUGGACUGCAUCUGAGUGUGGAGGCCACUGUAAGGGCCGUGAUGGAAUCCUACACGAUUGGUCGAGAGAACUUGGGCAUGGAGAAGGAGUUCAUAGUGGAGGUGGUUCACUCGUGUCCCAGCCCUGCCUGUCGCUAUUACAAGGGCCAGAUGGGAGUGGGACCGUUUAUAGAUCAGUCGUUCAAUCCCGGAGGCCACAUCAAUUCGGACUAUCUGGCACAUUUGCAACAGAUGGGUCAGUCUGGGCUGGAUUUGGCUGCGGUGGAAGCGGCUGCUGCCGCAGGGAAAGCUAUCAACAAUCAAGUGAAGAUACCGAAGACAACUCCCACACAGCAGCAGCAGAUUACGGCGGCCAUUAUACAGCAGCAAAAUCGGGCCAUGGCACAGCAAUCGUUGGAAAAGUUUGGAAAUUUGUCCAAUCUGGAGAAGCAACGUGUUCUGCAACAGCUGGAUAAAAAGCACUACGAGGUUGCUCAAUCGCAGGUUUCUAGUUUGCCCCCACAGUUGAUUCCGGCGGUCAAUAACUCUGCCCAUCCACCUCAAGUGAAUGUUGGUAAUCAGCAAGCUGCAGUUGCUGCAGCGGCUCUGUUGCAACAACAACAGCAACAGCAGCAGCAGCAACAACAACAACAACAGCAGCAGCAGCAGCAACAAGUCCAGCAAUCUCAAACAAUAGACAUGACUCGCUCUCAGCCAACACCUUCUCCGAUUUUGGCGGCUCCUCAAGCGAUUCAACAGCACAAUGCUGCAGCAGCCUCGCAGAUGGCCCAUUCGCACUUCUUGAACCAACCGCCCCUCCAGACGGUCAACAUGGACACCGGCCACAAGCUGUCCGACUACAUGCGCGGAGCGGUGGAUCCGCUGGAGAAUGUUUCCACCAGCAAAGAUCUGCUGGCUUUGCAUAGUGGAGCAUGGGCAGGUCAGGAUGGUCGCGGCGGCGGUGUCGGUCCGGACGGAUUGGCCGUCAGCCAGGACAAAAUCAUCCGGGCGUUCAGCGAGUUGAUGCGCAACAUCUCCCGCAUGAAGACGUUCAUCCGGCCGAGCAUGUGCAAACCGUACGGGAAACAGUCGGAGAGCUUGCAGAAAACUCUGUUCGACACCAUCCAGUUGGUUCAGUCGCUGCGGAAUUGUCUGCCGGCAUCGCACAUCCCGGUCACGUCAUGGAAAAGCGAAACGCACAAUGCCGGGGGCAAUGAAAAUGAAGCACUUUAAGGAUUUACAGGUAGUAGUAGUACCGUAAUUCGAGGGUUUAAAGUUAAAAGCCUCGCGCGAUGUUUGCUCGUCAAAUUUUGCGUCGAUUUUUAUUAGAUAUCCCACGCAUUCAGCUUACGAAAAAGUAUCACAAGGAAACGAAUGUACUGCAUGCUACACAGCAUUUUCACGCUCAAAAUACAAUUAUUGAUUGAAACUGAAAUGAACUCAAUUUUCGUACUAUACAUUAAGGAAACCUAAAUACUCAUAUUACUCAUCAUUUCUCAUAUUUAUUAGGCUCGUAAUUAAACUUAAAGAACAACUCUUCGCAGCUGUUUUAGAUAAGUUUCUAUGCAUUUUUACUGUUGCAUCCAUGCAUUUGCAUAAAGCGCUAAUCAAUGCAUUUAUACUAGGUAGGUAUGUACUAGAUAUUUGAUUUGUUCCUUCGGUGGCCUUUGGCCACCAUUGCAUUCGCUGAAUCAAAGUUAACUAUUAUGUUUACGUACAAUAACACAACAAUUGUGAUAAUUUUAACUCAGUUGCAAUCUCAAAACGUACUUAUUAUUAUAUUUGUGUUUCGCUUUGCGGGAACAUUAUUUUUAUCAUCACUUGACGUCGACGAAUAUAACAUAACUAAACUAGCGUAAGUUUAUUCAUAAUCUCUGUCUUCUCUGCAUGAAUGUUUUUUUUUUUUUGGCGAAACAGUCGAUGCGUUCAAAUACCGCGUAGGUAAGCAAGCUUUGGAAUCCCAAAUUGAGUGAAACGAACGAAAAAUUAUCAAGAUUCAAACAAAACUGGCAAUAAUCCUGUGAUAGCAAAUAAAGAAAUGAUUGGAAAGCAAACACAUCGAUCGAAACGAAAGAUAAACUCUCGAACGGAAUUUAAGCAAAAUAAUCGACUUAUAAAAA